UUUCCCGCGACGGUCGGGGAUCCUUCUCGGCGGGGUAACCGUGGUGGACGCAGCACCUUCUCCUCCCUGCUGCCCUUCAGCCCCAACAUGUACUACAAAUUCAGCGGGUUCACGCAGAAGCUGACGGGCGCCGCUCCCGCGGCCGCCUACAGCCCGCAGGGACUGAAGCCAGUCGUACCCGAGUCCCCGACCAUGAUCUUCGCCAGCCCCACCAAGAUGGCGUCAGAAGCAGGGACCGCGGUGGAGUACAUGGGAACAAACAGGGUUCCUGACUUCCAGAGGUUAUUCCAGGUAUCAGACGGUGUCCCUGUUCAUCUGAAGCGCGGGUAUCCCGACAAGCUGCUGUACCGCACCACCAUGGCUCUCACCCUGGGCGGUGUGGUGUACUGCCUGGUGGCGCUGUACAUCGCCGCCCAGCCCAACAGAAAGUGACCAACAUAAGCCCAGGAUCUUCCUGUAACACCUCUGACUUGUUGCUUCUGCAGUCUGCUAAAUGUUCACCGUCUCGGUCUACCCUCGCCACACCACCUCUUGGGACUCUUCGUAGAUGAGAAAUUUAUCACGGUUGUUUUCAAACGGGGGCGGGGCUUUCUGCGAAAAUCACCAUGAAAUUACCUGAAUUUAAGUUGAACUGAAUAUAAUUAAAUAUUAAAACAAAAAGGGGGGCGGGGGGGGGGGCUGGCGCUGUCGUGACGAGCUUUAUAUUUGUAAUUUUAGUUCCUAACAUUCAGCAUGGAGCUCGGUAUUAUUUGCUUGCUCUGUUAUUGUUGGUGAUUUGAUAAGAAAUUGUUCAUGUGAACAAUUUGUUUUGGGGCCAGAAAAAAGUUUGAAAACAACUCCACCAUCAGGACUUUAAUACCAAUGACAACAUUUAUCUGUUUCCUUUGAAAAAGAUGUCUAACUUAAUAAAUUUUAAUGAGAAAAACCCUAA